AGAGAAACCCGCGGAUGCAAAGCACGGUUUUUAAUGGAGAUGAUAAAAUGAGUUUAACGAUCACUCAGACACACCCGAGGCCAGACGGGCUCUCGAACGCUGUGCGGCGGCAGCGGGUGUAUGACCACCUGUACGAUCCCGUUUACACGGUGUCCUCGGAGGUGGACCACGCCAGGUCCAGUCUCAAGGUCUACGCCUCUAAGGACCGAAUAAAGAGAGUGCCUGAGUUUGGGUGUAUGUUCAGUGAACUGCCCCACCACCCACGGUACACCGUUCAGCUGCAACCGGCAGACCCGGUACCGGCCUUCAUUGACCGCCGCUGGCGAGGCCACGCGGAGCAGCGUAGAGAGGCCUUGCAGCAGCUGGCUGGGGUUAUUCCAAAUGCUCAGCCAUGGCUGAAGAGGGAGGAGUGCCAUGUCACCGGAGUUGAUCGCUGGAAAUACUUCAAACGGUUUGAUUAGCCUGUGGACACUCACUCAUUCACAACUGUGGAUAUGGUGGAGCAGCAGCCACGUGCACAGACGGACCCCACGUGGGGCUCAAGCUCCUCCCCUUUUGCCCUGGAUGAGAAAAGUGCCCUUUUUGCUGGAGACACAUUUUUUCUUCAUUAAUAAGUAUUUAAGAAUAAAAAUGACUCUGUGAUCAAUUCCCCCCAAAUGUGUUUUGAUAUCUGACGGGGCAUUUAUUUGAGUUCUUGUGAGAAUCUGGCCCCGACAUGCUCCACCCUCCAGCGUUUGUUAUGUCAUUUUUCGCUCCUAUCAUUUUGUAAUGAA